UCCACCAAAUCUUGGAUUGAAGAAGUCUUCAGUAAAAGAGAAUGUGCACAUAUCAUUCCCAGUUCAAAAGAUCCUCACAGGUGUUGCUGUGGACGGCUGAUUGGAGAUCACUCAGGAGUAGAUUUUAGCUGGCCUGUUUAUCAGGCUGCCCCCCAGAGAGAUGAUGGGGAAUGGUCUGUGCAAGAACACACAAAGACGAGUCCAACGGAUGCAUUUGGUACGAUCAGUUUUCAAGAUGGAGAUCACACUUACCAUGCCAAGUAUAUUAGAUUGUCUUAUGAUAGCAAUUUGGAUCAGCUGUUGCACCUGAUGGUUAAAGAAUGGCAGAUGGAGUUGCCAAAGCUAGUGAUCUCAGUUCAUGGAGGUAUUCAAAAUUUCAAGCUUCCCUCAAAGGUCAAGCAGGUUUUCAGCAAAGGAUUGGUGAAGGCUGCUGAGACUACGGGAGCAUGGAUAUUUACAGAAGGCAUCAACAGCGGAGUGUCCAGGCAUGUGGGGGAUGCGCUGAAAGGCCGUGCCUCACCACACCUGAGAAAAAUCUGUGCUGUUGGCAUUCCUCCAUGGGGUAUCAUUGAGAACCAGAGGGAUCUCAUUGGAAAAGAUGUAGUUUGCCUGUACCAGACUCUUGGUAAUCCGCUCAGCAAGCUAAGUACCCUCAACAGCAUGCAUUCUCAUUUUCUAAUGGCAGAUGAUGGGACAGUAGGCAAGUAUGGUAAUGAAAUGAUACUCAGAAGGAAUUUGGAGAAGUACAUAUCACUUCAAAAAAUACAUACAAGAAUGGGCCAAGGUGUACCUGUAGUUGGGUUGGUGGUUGAAGGAGGCCCCAAUGUGAUCCUAAUGGUGUGGGAGUACGUGAGGGCCAGCCCAGCUGUCCCCGUGGUGGUCUAUGAGGGCACUGGCAGAGCUGCAGAUAUCCUGGCUUUUACCCACAAACACACAGGUGAUACGGGGUGA